ACAAACACGUCAAACCCAUCGGCCACGCCACGCAACAAGAACAGGAACACAACGGACCGAACUCGACCUCUCUCUCUCUCUCUCUUGAAGAUUUCCCAAACUUUUCUACCCUUCGAUCCAUCCACUCACCGUCGUCCUCGAGUUCUGCCCCGAAUCCGCUCCCCCGCCCGCGCGCGCGUAAUUCUCCCGAGCCCGCCUGAUCCGAUGGCGGCCAGCGCCGGCGGCGUUAGCAAGAUCCGCAACGCCAAGCUGGUGCUUCUCGGCGACGUGGGCACCGGCAAGUCCAGCCUGGUGCUCCGGUUCGUGAAAGGACAGUUCGUCGAGUUCCAGGAGUCGACCAUUGGUGCCGCCUUCUUCUCGCAGACCCUGGCGGUCAACGACGAGACUGUCAAGUUCGAGAUCUGGGACACGGCGGGGCAGGAGAGGUACCACAGCCUAGCGCCCAUGUACUACCGGGGUGCCGCAGCAGCGGUCGUCGUCUACGACAUAACCAAUGCGGCCUCUUUUACACGUGCAAAGAAAUGGGUUCAAGAACUUCAAGCACAAGGAAAUCCGAACACAGUAAUGGCUCUUGCUGGGAACAAGGCUGAUAUGUUAGAGGCAAGGCAGGUGCCAGUUGAAGAAGCAAAGACUUAUGCUCAAGAGAACGGACUCUUCUUCAUGGAAACAUCUGCUAAAACAGCAGCCAAUGUGAACGAUGUGUUUUACGAGAUCGCGAAGAGAUUGCUCCAGGGACAGCAGUCCCAGAACCCGCAGGCAGGGAUGGUCCUCUCGCAGAGACCAACUGAGAGGAUGGUGAGCAGUUCAUCAUGCUGCUCGUCGUAAAAUGUCCUGAAGAGACCGCUGCCAGGGACAGCUAAAGGCCUUUGAAAUCCACAAAAAAUGUAUAUGCGCCGCAGAUGCUGAUGAUGAUUGCGAAAAAUGUGUAUCCCAGCUUGCUACAGUUCUAGCCCUUGUUUCUUGUCAUGUUUCGUUCUGUAAAUGUGAAUAGUUGAAUGUUUCUGCUGCAGAUAUUCAGAUAUGUUACUACAGUGCAUUCCCAUGUUCAAAAGUUUCUGAAUGACCAGAGUGAAUAUUCACGCUUUGGUUUAAUAUGUUA